UCUAAUCUCAUUACAUGCCAACUUUCUUACACGUCAUUACACUUAAUUUCAUCAAACUUUUUUUUCCUAAUGAAAAUCAACUCAAUGAGAUUUUCAACCUACCUUAGUUGGCCUACCUCAUUUUGAAAAAAUAAUUGUGUAGCUAGGUACAAGAACAUACCAUUAGAAUUCAUCUUGUGCACUCACUUUCGGUCGAGAUCAAGCCAAGACUCAUUAACAUGAAUUGAUGAUGACAACACAUUACAAAAUCUGAUUACUUAUAUCGCAUAUUUAUAAAAUGGACUCAAACAUUAAGUGUCACUAAUACUUUAUAGACAUUAAUUUAUAUAUAUAUUUUCAUAGACAUUACAGUAAUUUAAAAAAAAUAAAGCUAAAAUUGGUGUCAGAUAUAUAUACGAAAAUAUCCAACAUUAACUUUUUCUGCUAAAUCCUUCUUCUCUUUUAGAUUCUCCCCCCGUGUGCUCUUUUCACUUCUCCCCCUCCAUUAAUUCCCCUUCUUUGAAACCAUCUCUCUCUCUCUCUCUCUCUAACUUUAUAUAUAUAUAUAUAUAUAUAUAUAUAUAUAUAUAUAAAAAUAACAUUAACAUACAAAACACAAGUUACUGCAACUUUCUCUGCUCAUCGUUUCCAUGGCAAUUAUACUCUUCUUUGUUAUAAUCCUCACCGUCAUUUUUUUAAUCCACCGGAGCACUUACCGGCGAAGAUACAAGCUCCCGCCGGGAAGUCUAGGACUACCCUUUAUCGGAGAGACUAUACAGCUGAUAUCAGCUUACAAAACCGACAACCCAGAGCCUUUCAUCGACAAGCGAAUGAACCGGUACGGUCCAAUCUUCACGACCCAUGUAUUCGGCGAACCGACAGUGUUUUCAGCUGACCCGGAAACGAACCGGUUUAUUUUGAUGAACGAAGGGAAGCUUUUUGAAUGUAGUUACCCCGGUUCAAUAUCGAACCUUUUGGGAAAACACUCUCUGCUUCUCAUGAAAGGUGCUCUUCAUAAGAGAAUGCAUUCACUCACUAUGAGUUUCGCUAACUCUUCCAUUAUUAAAGAUCAUCUUCUUCUUGAUAUUGAUCGGCUUAUUCGGCUCAACUUGGAUUCUUGGUCCGACCGGGUUUUACUCAUGGAGGAAGCCAAGAAGAUAACGUUUGAGUUGACAGUGAAGCAGCUUAUGAGUUUUGAUCCAGGUGAAUGGAGUGAGAGUCUUAGGAAAGAAUAUGUUCUUGUCAUUGAAGGAUUUUUCACACUUCCCUUACCAAUACUCUCUGGUACCUAUAGCAGAGCAAUCAAGGCAAGAACAAAGGUGGCUGAGGCAUUAACAUUGAUUGUGAGGCAGAGAAGAAAAGAAAGUGUAAUGGUGGAGAAAAAGAAUGACAUGCUAGGUGCAUUGUUGGCCUCCGGCGACCACUUUUCCGACGAACAAAUAGUCGAUUUUAUGUUGGCAUUGCUCGUUGCCGGCUACGAAACCACCUCUACUAUAAUGACUUUCGCCGUCAAGUUUCUCACCGAAAAUCCUCUAGCAUUGGCCCAACUCAAGGAAGAACAUGAUCAAAUCAUAGCAAAGAAGAGUUGUCGAGAGGAACCAUUGGAGUGGACAGAUUAUAAGUCAAUGGCAUUUACUCAAUGUGUUGUGAAUGAGACUUUAAGGAUGGCAAACAUAAUUGGUGGGAUAUUUAGGAGAGCAAUGACAGACAUCAAUAUCAAAGGUUACACUAUUCCAAAGGGUUGGAAGGUCUUUGCAUCGUUUCGUGCGGUACAUCUAAAUCCUGAUCAUUUCAAGGAUGCACGCACCUUCAAUCCAUGGAGAUGGCAGAGAAAACCAGAAGCAACGAGUCCUCCAAAUGUAUAUACACCGUUUGGAGGAGGGCCGCGGCUGUGCCCGGGAUACGAGCUAGCCAGAGUUGUGCUCUCGGUCUUUCUUCACCGCUUUGUCACUCGUUACAGUUGGUUUCCUGCAGAAGAAGAUAAGUUGGUGUUUUUUCCAACCACUAGGACUCAGAAGAGGUAUCCUAUCAUAGUGAAGCCUAGAGUGGAACCGAAAUCGUGUAAUUAAAGCGCGGGGAGAGAACAACACAGAGAAGAAAGAUUGUAGAUGAGUUUAAUCGGUUUUAAUUAAUGUCGAAUAUAAGUAAUAAUACAGUUAUAUCUACUAGUUUAGCAGUUCAUGUUA